UCUGAGUCGCUCUCUCCACUUGUCCUUGUGAUAUACAUACAACACUUACAAACUAGAAAAAUGUUUAUAUGGCAGGAGGGACCAAGAAGGUAUCAGCUGCAUCAGCGAGGUCUCACACCAGAAAAUCCAAGCAAACAACUUCACUCAACCUCUCUCCAAUAAUGAUUGUACAGGUAGGAGUGGCACUGUUGGCGGGUCUUCUUGGUUGGGCGUAUGUAGCAAUAAAACCUCCCCCUCCUAAAGUUUGUGGGACACCAGGUGGUCCUCCUGUUACGUCACCCAGAGUACAACUCAGCGAUGGGAGGCAUUUGGCCUACAAAGAGAAAGGUGUUCCCAAGGAAGAGGCUAAGUACAAGAUCAUUGUCAUUCAUGGCUUCGAUAGCUCCAAAGACUUGGAUUUAGCUGUUUCUCAAGAAUUUAUAGAGGAACUAGGAAUAUAUUUCCUGUUAUUCGACCGAGCAGGUUAUGGGGAGAGUGACCCUCAUCCAAAACGGUCAGUCAAGGGUGAAGCACUUGAUAUUCAAGAACUAGCUGACAAGUUAGAUAUUGGGUCUAAGUUCUAUUUGAUUGGAUUCUCCAUGGGAGCAUACCCAGUUUGGAGCUGCCUAAAAUACAUCCCACACAGGUUGUCAGGAGCUUCCUUAGUCGUUCCAUUUGUCCACUACUGGUGGCCUCGUUUUCCUAACAGAGUUGCUGAUAUAUCAAAAAAAGGCAUCAAGACGCUGCCUGCGCGAGACCGGUGGACAUUUCGAGUCGCACAUUAUGCCCCUUGGCUGUUUAAUUGGUGGAUGACUCAAAAAUGGUUCCCUAAUUUAAGUAUUAUGACAGGGAACAUGGCUGUUUUCUGCGAUCCAGAUUUAGAGAUGUUGAAAAUUUUGUCAAGUACCCCCACUGUUGGUCAGGAAAAGAUACAACAACAAGGUAUUUAUGAAUCUCUGUAUCGAGACAUUUUGGUUGGUUAUAGUAAAUGGGAUUUUGGUCCCUUGGAUAUAGCCAAUCCUUUCCCUAAUAAUGAGGGCUCAAUUCACAUUUGGCAAGGCCGUGAGGACAGGAUAAUUCCAUCCCUUAUGAAUCGCUAUAUUGCAGAAAAGCUUCCCUGGAUUCGCUAUCACGAGGUUCCUGAUGCUGGGCAUUUGAUGAUGUUCAAUAGCACUGUAUGUGAACCCAUCUUGAGAGAACUUUUUCUUGGAUGAGUUCUAGCAACUGUUUUAAGGCAUUGCUAUGUAGUGGUUUAUAGAUUAAUAUGUUGUUUAAUAUCUCAUACAAGCUUAUUGGAGUUGUCAGAGUGUUCUGUGCAAUUUCAGCUUGUAGUUUAUGAGGAGGCAUAAAUAGUUUAAUUAAGUUGAAAAAAAAAUUAAUUAUCUAGAAGCCUAGUAAUGAGACAUGUUUAGUUUAUCAAAUUUCGGCUUGAGCACGGUUGUCCCAAAUCGGCCCAAUAGUUGUUUUAUUGUCAACUGUUUUGUUGAUUGUAUGAAUUAAUAUGAGACAGUUUAUGAGUUUAAUUCUCAUGUGCAUAACAUAAUGAAAUUUCUGUGUUUGAUGUUGAGACUA